AUCAUGGUAACACGUGAUAGCUGUAGUAGAGUUUGUUCUUGUUACAUGUAUUUCAGCUACAUUUGUAAUGUUUUACAUUGUAACCAGAAAUGCAGACCACACAAGGUGACCCACAUUAACAAGGAGAUUACAUGGGAAUGAACUCAGGAUCACAGUACCAGGGGCGGAUUGACCAUUUGCAAACUCGUGCACUGCCCGAGGGCCCGGGGUCAGUAGGGGGCCCCAUGAGAUGCCCCUGGUACCUUUUUCAUAGGCUUUUUUGAGUUUGGGCAAGGACACAGGGGCCCCAUGAUCCCCUAUUGCCCGGGGGGCCCCAU